GGUUUUGCUCCCUCUGCCGUCUUUCUUUGCUCUUUCUCCGUAAAACUUUUUCAGAUUUGAAAAGGUGUUUAUUAGAUUUAAGCUUUUCCAGUUUUGCAAAUGACUCGGCAAACUCGAUUUCGGCCUAUAGGGAAACCUUUAAAUUCUUUCGUUUCACAUUUUAAAAGAGCGACUGGAUUUUUGCCCGGUCAUAUGAAUAGCGAGAGAAGGCACUACUCGAGUCAAUCUCGACGAGCGGUAGAAGAAAGGACGGGUUAUACGACUAGAGGCUCUCAGGCUCACGUGUCCUGCCGACGACCUCGUCUGCCACCUGGAAAGCCGUAUUUGGCUCCAGACGCUUUCCCGAGGCCUCGUUUUCGCCACCAGAAGUCAUCCUCCUUUUAUGAGUCCAACCGAGAAUAUAACUUCCAACCAGAAGACAACGUUUUUAAAGAACCUCCGAAAUCUACUCGUGCCCACUCUUUCCAAGGAAACACCUCAGGUUCACGCGUCCCAUUUGUUCAUGAACGAUUCCGCCCUGCAAUACAACAAGAGGGGUUGGGCUCUCGGCCUGGGGCCCUCUCCGGACCACUGCACCGUUCUAGCCCUCGAGCCUCUACCGAGUACAAGCCUGGACCCCCAAACUCCACUGCUCGCAGGAACCCUUCACUUGAGGUGCUCUCCCGCUCUGACGGUGAAUGGCCUUUGGAGUUAAAAAUUUUUUUACAAGGGCGCUCCACUCGCUGCUCAGACUCGCUGUCAAUCAAACGCCCUUUUUCUCGCCCUGCAUCAAGGGAGGGGGAACGACGGGGGCAUUGGCCCCCUCCACUUCCUCAAGAAGUAUCCCAUGAAACUGAACCACCACUACCUCUUUUAAAUUACGCACCUUUGAAACUGCGACAACCACGUACGCCUUUCGCGGAAGCGACAGUGUUUAAAUCAGAACAGCCUCGUAACCGUCUGCAAGCGCCUUUCAUUGGACAGGAGCAACCUACAAUGGAACGCUCUGACCCUCCCGCCUCGCCACCGGCCACCAGCGUGCAGGGCACCGGCCACCCGUUGCCUCUCUCGUCCACGGGCGGGCUCUACCAAACCUCUCGGGCUGGUCCUUAUUCUCUACGGCCACCAGAAAAGCAGAACGGCCAGUCCAAAAGUAUCCAACCCUUUUCUUUUUCCCAACAAGUAUCCCUUCCACCCUGUAACUUCUCUCCAUUGGCGCCGAACAGUAUGCCCUCUUCUUCCCAGCCUCUUGUUGGAGGCGCUCCACCAGUUCAGCUUCUGUAUCAACCUCACUUACAGCAUAGAAGUACUGAAACUCUGCAGCCUUCUGUGUUACCAGCUUUGCCCUCCACCUUUUCUGCAAAUGGGCCUAUUCCUCAAAGUGUCAAUCAAGAGUGUGAGUCUGCUUGGCUGGCUUACUAUCGCCAACGGGAAGAGUAUCACAAGCAGUAUCAAGACUAUUGCACACGAGUGGGACAAACCCAAGAGGCUAGCCAGCAUUAUUUUCAGGUGUUAGCUUGUCAGCAGCACCAACAAAAAAUUCUUGCAUGCGCUUCCGUUCCUUCUAACGGCCUACAUUCGCAGCCAACACCAACCCUCUCGCAGCUCUUCUCACAACGUGGACCGGCGCCCACGUGGUUGGUUCGUCCCUUCGUCCACCCCCAGCCGCAGUUGCCGGCGUAUGUGCGCCCCCCCCCUCGUGCUUACUUUUCUCAGUCAGGCUCAGGAUUGCCUGUUGGUGAGGUCCCCUUUGGAAGCGUAGGGCAUUCCAGUUAGGAUCAAGAGGAGGAAAAUUUGAACAAGACUUAGUUCUGGAAAUACUCGAGGCAGGCAUGCAACUCCUAUCACGGGCUGUCUGACUAACCCUUUGGCCGUUUUUGCAGGUAAAGAGUUAACCGUAUGAUGCUUUUUGCUUUUAGUAAGAACCUGCAUCUGUUUUAUUUUAACAAGUGUUUAUAAUUCUAU